GCGGGCAGCCGCCGCGCUUCCGGGUGCGGGCCCAGGAGGGCGGCGGGCCCGGCGCGGCGUGAGGGGCCGCGGGGCGGGCGGAGGGCGAAGUUUCCCCGACCGGAUGUGAACGAACGAGCGGACCGGACGGAGCGGGAGGGAGCCGCGCCCGGACCAUGAGGCUCCGACUGUGGCUGGUCCCUGCCCUGGUGCUGCUGUGGGGGCCGGGCGGGCUGGAGGCGCUGGGGCGCCCGCCGCGCCGGCUGCGCUACGACACAGUUGAGUCCAUGCUUUCAGACUACGACAUCCUUUCUCAGUCUAGCAUCCAGCAACACUCACUGAAGAAGAGGGACCUCCAGCCUGAGACACAUGUAGAGAGGCUCUUAAGCUUUUCAGCCCUGCAAAGGCACUUUAAAUUAUACUUAACAGCAACUGCUGAACACUUUUCAGAAAAAUUUCAAGCGUUAAUUGUGGAUGGUGAAGGCAAGGAAAAGAAGUAUCGUGUUCAGUGGCAAGACUUUUUUACCGGACAUGUCGUUGGAGAGCAUAAUUCCAAGGUUGUGGCACAUAUUGGGGAUGAAGAUUUUACAGUGAGAAUCAAUACUGAUGGAGAAGAAUACAACGUUGAGCCACUGUGGAGAUUUGUAGAUAAUGUGCAAGAUGAAAGACUGCUGGUCUACAGAUCUGAAGAUAUUAAAGAUUUCUCAAGAUUGCAGUCCCCCAAAGUGUGUGGUUAUUUAAAGCUAAACGAAGAAGAACUGUUGCCAAAAGGACUGGAAGACAGGAAGCAAAACGAAGUAAGCAUCCAUCGGAAGAAAAGAGCUGUUCCAGAGAGCGCCAAAAACACGUGCAAGAUGUUGGUAGUGGCAGAUCAUCGUUUUUUCAAGUAUAUGGGCCGUGGGGAAGAGAGUACCACUAUAAACUAUUUGAUUGAAUUGAUAGACAGAGUAGAUGACAUCUACCGAAAUACUUCCUGGGACAAUGGAGCCUUCAAUGGGUACGGCAUACAGAUAGAGCAGAUUAUCAUCCACAAUGAGCCAAAUGUUGUAAAACCUGGAGAAAAGCAUUACAAUAUGGCAAAAAGUUACCCAGAUGAUAAGAAAGAUGCCUGGGAUGUGAAAAUGCUGCUAGAGCAAUUUAGCUUUGAUAUUGCUGAGAAAGCAGCUCACGUGUGCCUUGCUCAUCUCUUCACAUAUCAAGAUUUUGACAUGGGAACACUUGGAUUGGCUUAUGUUGGCUCUCCCAGACCUAACAGCCAUGGUGGCAUUUGUCCUAAAGCUUACUAUAGUCAAACUGUAAAGAAGGACAUCUAUCUGAACAGUGGCUUAACCAGCACCAAGAACUAUGGGAAGACCAUCCUUACAAAGGAGGCUGACCUGGUUACAACUCAUGAACUCGGACAUAAUUUUGGAGCAGAGCAUGAUCCUGAUAGUCUGCCAGAAUGUGCCCCCACUGAAGACCAGGGCGGGAAAUAUGUUAUGUAUCCAAUUGCUGUCAGUGGAGAUCACGAAAACAACAAGAUGUUCUCAAGCUGCAGCAAAAAAUCCAUCCAUAGGACCAUAGAGAUCAAGGCCCAGGAAUGCUUCAAAGAGCGCAACAACAAAGUGUGUGGGAACUCCAGAGUGGAUGAAGGGGAGGAAUGCGAUCCUGGCCUCUUGUACCAACAGGCUGAUCCCUGCUGCUCUGCAGACUGUAAACUGAAAGAUGGUGCCAAAUGCAGUGAUCGGAACAGUCCCUGCUGUAAAGGCUGUCAGUUUGAAAGUGCACAGAAGAAAUGCCAAGAAGCCAUAAAUGCCACUUGUAAAGGAGAGUCUUUUUGCACUGGGAACAGCAGUGAGUGCCCCCCUCCAGGGAAUGCUCCAGAUGACACGGUCUGCGUGGACAUGGGAAAGUGCAAGGAUGGGGAGUGUGUCCCUUUCUGCGAGAGGGAGAAGAACCUACGGUCAUGUGCGUGCAACGAAACGGAUAAUUCCUGCAAGGUGUGCUGCCGGGACGAGCAGGAUAGGUGCAUACCGUACGUUGAUGCUAACGACCAGUUCUUGUUCCUGCGCAAGGGGAAGCCUUGCACUGUGGGCUUCUGCGAUACAAAUGGCAAAUGUGAGAAGCAAGUACAGGAUGUGAUUGAACGAUUUUGGGAUUUCAUAGACCAACUCAGCAUCAAUACUUUUGGGAAGUUCCUAGCGGAUAAUAUAGUGGGCUCUGUGCUUGUCUUCUCCUUGCUUUUUUGGAUUCCUCUCAGCAUCCUUGUGCACUGCGUGGACAAGAAAUUGGACAAGCAGUACGAGGAGAACACAAAGUCCUUGUUUUGCCCCAGUGUAAGUGGCUGUCUGAAUAUGAAUUGGCAGAAAGCUAUCCAAUGUGUAUUAGAUAAUCUGAACCUAGGAAUGUGGAGAUGCUCAGCAGCCUGGACUCUGCCUCCGUUCGAAUCAUCAAGCCCUUCCCCACGGCGCAGUCGACAAGCCGGCACCAGCCUCUGCAGCCCAUCACAGCCGUGCCUGCCGUCGCUGCGGCACCCAAACAGGACCACCAAAGAAUGGACACUAUUCAGGAGGACCCGAGCACCGACUCUCACAUUGACGAGGAUGGGUUUGAGAAGGACCCUUUCCCAAAUAGCAGCUCAGCCGCCAAAUCUUUCGAGGACUUGACAGACCAUCCUGUCAUUAGGAGUGAGAAAGCUUCGUCCUUUAAACUACAGCGCCAGAACCGGGUGGACAGCAAAGAAACAGAAUGCUAGUGUCUUGCUGCCUUCUAAACAUGACUUGUGUCUGCAAAACAAGGAUCUAAAACCAUUUCAUUUAUAUAAAUAUAAAUAUAUGUAUAUAUAUUUUUGUGAGGGAGUGGGAGAAAUAAGGAAGUGACCUACUGCAGAUGCUGGUCAUGUGUAUGACCUUCCUUAAAUUACAUUUAUUAGAGCAUUAUAUCUUUUAAAAAGGAAAAUCCAAACUAAAACUGGCUUGUUUUUGAAGCUUAUUGGAUUUGUUUUUCUAUUCCCUUGACCUUCAACAUUUCCUUCAACCUGUGGUGCAAAACCAAAUAUCCUGCUGGAUAUUGGAUUGUGUAUAUCAGCCUUUUUUAUAAUUUAAUAUUUUGUAGUCUGACAGCACUGAUAGACAAAAUUAAGGGGCUUUUAAAAACAAAAUGAAAACACUGCAGUAUGUUCCAUAUAGAGUAGAUCAUUUAGCAAUUUAAGGUACAUGUAAGCAAAGCCUAAACAGAUGACUUCAGAACAUGAGAGUAAUGAAACAGAUAAAAAUAGUCGCACAGCAUUGAAUGAAGAUGCAUAAUUGGAAUCAAGCAGCUUAAGAUAUAGAGUUUCUAAAUAAAUAAAAGGAUCAUAGAGAGGCUGUUAAAAAUGAAAUGCUCCUCUAGCAUGAAACUCUUUUGCCUCUAGUACUGAGGUUGUCUUUGUCUUCGUGGCAGAGAGGCUUUCCUUGGGAGUUCCCCACUCUGCACGAAGAGGCUUGCGUGUUGCAGGUGUCUGGUAGAAGGAAGUAUAAGGGGAGAAAUCAUUUAUGCGGAUGAGGACUGGUUUAACGAACUGUUUACAGCAGUUGUUUCAGUGCAGAAAUGUUUUUCCGAAUGUUAUUUUGAAAUGGGUAACACUAUUGUUGAGAUGUUCAAAGAGCUGAGCCUCAGUUUUCAGGGUCUGUGCGGCCUUUGGAAGCUCCUACUGCAUAAAUAAAUGGUGGGGGGGGAAAUUCACUCCACUGCAGGGGGGGCAUUUGUUUAAAAACAAUUGUGAAUUUAAUGAAAAAAGAAAGAAACUUUUGUUAAACUUACAGGGCAAGUAUUGGGAGGAGACUUCAUGACUUCAACAUCCCACACAGUACAAUGUGAUGUUAAAAGUUGGUAAUCUAAUGGUGUCCUCUACUUUGAUUCACCUGGAGAUCUGCAAGGCGAGCUGGGAAUGGCACAUGAGUCUUGUUUUAGCUUAGUAGCAGAUGGACUGACGCAGUGGAGUCAGAGCAACACUCGUGACAGUAAAGCAGCAUCUUAAGUCUGCAUUGGUUUUCUCCCAUGAUCUGUUGAUAAAACUGACAUAAAAUGUGACCAACAGUAGAACCAUUUUAACUGUUACAAGCCUGCACUCAGCUACAGGGGAACCGCAGCUGUGGAAGAGCC